AAUCGAACCAUCCCUAGGCUUGAAGACGCAACCCAGCAGCCAGCAUCUUCAACUCUCCCCUCGCUAGCUUCCUCCUUAUCUCCUCCACGCAUCCGGGCCCCAUUCCUCUCCCCAUCCAACCACCCCAGCAAGCAUGGUCGGACCGCCCGCCGCCGCCGCCACCACCAUCAAGUUCCUCUGCAGCUACGGCGGCAAGAUCCUCCCCCGCCACCCCGACGGCAAGCUCCGUUACGUCGGCGGCGAGACCCGCGUCCUCGCCGUCGACCGCUCCAUCUCCUUCUCCGAACUGAUGUCGAAGAUGGGGGAACUGUGCGGCGCCGCCGUGUCGCUCCGGUGUCAGCUUCCGACAGAGGAUCUCGACGCCCUGAUCUCGAUCACCUCCGACGAGGACCUCGUGAACCUCGUCGAGGAGUACGACCGCUCGCCCCCCUCGUCCUUAAAGAUCAGGGCCUUCCUUUUUCUGCCCAAGCCCGGCAAAAAAACAUCUCCUCCUCCUUCGCUAGCCUUCUCGUCGAGAACAUCAUCAUCAUCGUCGUCGUCGCUGUCCGCCGCCACGGUGACCGUCGGAUCGACUCCGAGGUUCUCGAAGUGCGUGCACCAGUACAUGGAGAAGCCGAAGCCGGUCGGGUUCCCUCUCUGCAAGGGAAAGUCUGCAGGUAACAAUAGGAUGAUGAUGAUGAUGAGUUACCACCACUACCAGGGACACUGUGCUUAUGGAAAUCCUGGACAUGUCCAUCUCAUUCACAAUGGCAACCACUGGCAAUAACACCCUUAAAGCUCUAUCUGCAGAUCAGAACUUUUAUAUGCGUCCGACCUGUUGGAGAAAUACUUUGAUUUUGCCCCCGCAAGUAUAUUAUAUAUAUCGGCAAAGAAAGAAGAGAGUGCGACGUAUAUAUAUGUGAUCAUGUAAUGGGAGGGAGGACUGUAAAAAUCAUUUAUGGAUCGAUUAUUUGUGAUCCGUGCCCAAUCAAUGAACUUUUUGCAGUCCAAAUUCGUAUUGGUUGGACAAGAACAUAUGUCUAUGAUGGUUAGAAUACAUUUGUAAAUCAAGUGGAUUGGAGACACGGAAGCUGGGGAAACAGUCUCCAGCUAACUGGUUGAAAUUGAAGAUUCACUUAAAUUGCUGGUGAUGGCCAGAAUGCGAUGGGAGAGAUCAGUGGUGGUUUCCAUAUUCAAACAAGCUUACUGUUACAAUUGAAAGCAAUUGGCAAUUUGAAUUGGGAGCGCUCUCUGGUGGACCAUUAGCCAAGAGGCCUUCACAGCUGAAAACAGCUGAUUUUUGGAGCAAGACCAGAAAGAUUUGGUUAUUCCAGCUGGAUAUAGAUAUAUGGAGGUGCAGCUCCUGAGCACUCAGACAAGGACACGAACUAACCAAAAAAGAGAAAAAAAAAAAAAAAAAACGGCGGAAAAUCCUCAGUUCUUGCAAGCAUUGGAGAUCAAAGGAAGACGCUCCACUCAUGUAGCAUUCGGGAGGGAGAUUCUUCUUGAUGUCCUUGUUUUGGAGAGAUACGAUGAGGCCAUAACAAUAUAAGUCUACGAAGCAAAAGGCCGUUAGGAAAGUGAUUUGGUGGGGGAGAUUUUCGAUAUUGUAGUGACGCAACUGUAAGGGAAGAAAGAUUAAAGUGGUUUUAAGGUUGUUCUGCCCCACCACGUGCGAUGUUGAUCUCUUUUCCCUUCCUUUCUCUUUUCUCUCCGGUACACACUAUUAAAACGAAAAGAAAAGCUAAUUGUUCGA